AUGAAAAGACUAAUGAGAUAUAGGGUCUAUCACGAUGGCAUUAAAAGAUAUCCAUACAUGGCCAUGUUUGACACUGAUGUGAAAAUUGGUUUGUCAUCAUUUUUACUACCAGCUGAAGUAGUGGAAAAAUUAACCACUGAACAAGAAUUGGAAGAAAUAUUGCAAAGUGUCGUGUCAGACUAUAAAUAA